CGGCCACAAACUGCAGAUCAUUAGAACGUUAUUUCCCCUUGCUGCUUUGCAUGUGGCAGGACCAAUGCAAAACCAGGCAGACUGUGAUCUUAAUACCUAGCUGUACAACAUGAAUACCACAUUGUUCAGCCAACCAGACUCAUUCGGCGUUCAUUCGUCCAAGCGGCUUAAUAUUAUUUUGUUAAUCAAGUCGGAUGCUGAAUCAUACAAGGCUGGGAUAGGAUUGAAACCGUGGGUACUUUGACCGGCCUGAGCAGCCAAGAUGGAUAAAGUCUCCAUACUUUUUAUUAUCGCUCCACUGCUGUCGCCGAGUUGGUCCGAGAGACAGUUCUUCCCCCAGUCCAGAAAUGCCUCCUGGGCUGAGGCGAGGCGACAUUGCCAGGUGUGCUACAAGGACCUGGUGACGAUGAGCUACGACAACAGCUUCGCUCUGGUAGAGGGGGCCAAGAGCCCGCAGUGGAUCGGUCUCCGCGAGACGUUCAACGAGACGGAUGCGCCGUGGUCUGCCUGGGCCAACGGGGACCCCAUCACCUUCCAGAACUGGUACCCCGUGAAACCCCCGCCCCCUGUUGUGGAACCCUGCACCACUAUCGCUGCUCCCACCGUUGAUACUCGAAAGACUACUUUAACCACCAAAGGCCUUCCUGAAACCAGUAGAACGGCCUCAGGUGAUACUCUAAAGACGGCUUUAACCAACACUGCCCUUUCUGAAACCAGUAGCAGUGGCUUCACUGGAACGGCCUCAGGUGAUACUCAAAAGAAAGCUUUAACCAACACUGCCCUUCCUGAAACCAGUAGCAGUGGCUUCACUGGAACGGCCUCAGGUGAAACCAGUAGCUUUACGCAAACGUAUUACUCUGAUAUGACUUUCCUAACGACGCCGCAAUACGUCAGAGAGGACUGUGUGGCCAUGCACCACUUCGGACCCUGGGUGGAGGAAGACUGCAAUACAGAGUUGCCUUAUAUCUGCUAUGAUGACCGCUACUAUGGCAUCGCCUCGGUUGUCCGCGACGCCACAACCGCGACGGUGAGCUGGGAGACCCCGACCCCGUCUGAGAAUAUAAGCAGCUACCGCGUGGAAGUGCAGGGGGGUGGUUCCCUGAACAUUAGCGUCGAUAGUUCGCCCUAUCGAAUAUCCAACAUGACCCCAGGCACCAAAUAUGAAGUGCGGGUGUUCGCGGUGAAGUGCGACCGGGAACUGAACUCGCAGAAUAUUUCUUUCAUCACCAAGCCGGAGACGCCGUACAACCUCACCGUCGAGAACAACACGGAGUCCUCCGCGGCCCUGCGCUGGGAACGGCCCGUGGGCAACCUGGAACACUACUGCGUGAGGGUCGAAAAUAAAGAAGGGCGGAUCCGUAACGUGAAGGAUCCGUGCAAUUAUACCGAAGAAGAAGCGGUGGUCAAGGAUUUGACCCCCGGCAAUAAGUACACGGUGUACGUGCUGAGCGUCACCGGGGACGUGGAGAGCGAGAAAGCCAGUAUCACCGUGCUCACCAGGCCCAGCGUGGUGACUGACCUCAACGUUUCAGACAUCACCAACAGCUCUCUGGUUCUCAGAUGGGUCCACGAGGGCUCCGCCCAAGGAUACAAUGUGGUUGCUAUGGAUAUCCAAACCGAAAAUGUCCCCCCCUACAGAGUGCUCUACAACCAAACCGUGAACCCCCCCGAGAAGCAGGCGGCGGUGGACACACUGCCUCCUGGCACCAACGUGAGGCUGAUGGUCCAGACGCUGUAUGAGUCUCUGAAGGGGGCCGAGGCCUACAUCGACAGCUUCAUCGUUCCAGACCCCGCCAGAAAACUGGUCUUGGACGCCCGUGAGACCACCAUCGAGGCCAGCUGGGAUGCCCCCGACGGCUCCUACAAUUACUUCAUUGUGUCCGUCUGGCUGCACAACUCCAUGGUAAACGCCACCCACUACAACACCACCGACCUCCUCCUGACCCUGCCCAUGCUGUACGCCGCCGCCCAGUACGAGGUGACCGUCACCACCCACGCCGGGGACCUCAAGAGCGAUCCGACCGUCGGCAGCACCUACACCCAACCGGUCAUGGCGCAGGACCUCAAAAUCACCUUUCAAGGCAGCAACGGCACCCUGACGUGGACAGCGCCCCAAACCGCCCCAACCACUAGGUUCCGGGUCAAGUACGUCGGCAGAUUCUGGAACCACCACGAAACUUUCAACCGCACCGGGGGCAAGACCAGUGUCGGGCCCCUGCGCCCGGGCACCCAAUACUUGUUCCAGGUGAUCACCGUCUCCGGCACCAUGGAGAGCGAACCAGCCAACUGCACAGAAUACACACCCGGGAACGUGAGUGAAGUCACACUGUCCAUGAUGUGUUCUUCAAAAGGGCAAGACUGCGAAGAAAACGACGUCAAGGAGGAGGUACUCAAUAAGUUGAGGGAGGAGUUCGGUGUAGUGUUGGACGGAGUGUCCUGGAAACUCGACUGGAAGACGUCGCCUCUCGACAAAACUGCACAGUGAAAGAAAUCAAGGUUUUAUUUGUUUUAAUUGAUGCGGUUGUGGACUAUUUUACUGCUUUGUUCUCUAAUGUUAAAGUAUUUUCCAUUUAUAUAUAUUAUUGUACACAUUUAACGAAUUGGUCCAGAAAUGCAUAUUUUUAAAUUGUUAUUUGUUUUCUUGCUAAAUCAUUUUGUACGUUUUCACAAAGAAUACAGCUAUAGUUUCAUCGGAUGUCCACCAUGGGACAGUAUUUAUCCUUUUGGCAAAAUAGUGCCGCGCUAACUCUCACCUUCACUCAAAUCAAGGGAAUCAAUCAAAUCGAUGCAAUCGUUUUUUGGUACUUUUAUUUUCCCUGCAUCGGGCGGACCCUUGUAUGUUUACAAACCAAGACAACAACUUGUUUUGAUCCGAGGGUCUGGUUGAUACUAAGCAGAUUAUCAGUAGAUCAGGACACAGAUCAUUCCAGGUUGAUAAACAAGACUUGGGUGCAUUGGACUUUGUAAAGAUCAGCUUUGUAAGUGGCUGACAAUUCAAUAAUUUGACAAUAAAUACAUAUUUUAACAAGA